UUUAAAAAAAUCGGUUUUAUUAAAAAAUAUUAUCAUUUUUUAACCUUGAUCAUUACGUAAAACUUCGCGAUAUCUCCCACUUUAUAAUUUACUCUUUUUAUUUAUGUAAUAAAAAAAAAAAAAAGAAUACAUUAUAAUAUUCUCAGUUGUGUCUCUACAAGUGAUCAAAAGUUGAAUAUUUUUUUGUCUCAUUAUUUAUUUAAUCUUCAACUGAUUGCUUAAGCAAGUUUUAAUUAUAUUAAUCACCAGCUUAUAUUAAUUCAAAGCAAAAAACACUUAUAUUAAUCAGAAGCUAAUAUUUUUAAAAAUUAACUUUUAUUUUUAACAUUGAAUAAUACAAAAAAUAUACCACUUGAGCUCUCUUAUCGCAUAAACCAAUUUUAUAUAUAAUUUUUAAUAAUCAUGAAGGCAUAAAAUAUAAAGAUAAUAUUUUAUUGUGUGUGGGUAUAAACUAAUUGACCGUCAACAUCAUUCAUCAUACAUACGUAUACGUAUAGCAUUGUAUAAAAGAAAAAAAAAUAUUGCGCGUUAUAUAAUCAUUGUGAAAAAAAACACAAACAGGUUUCAGCUUUUUGUUUAAUCUUGGAUUAUCUCAGUUUUUUUAAAAGUCAUCAUGAUGAUACACUAAGUAAAUAUGAUGUAUAAUAUAUAAAUUGAUUCAACGACAUCAGUUUACGUGUGAGACCACAACGAAAGUCACAUGAAUAUAAUUUAACUUGACAUGAACAAAUUGAAUUAAUAAAAUAUAAAUUCAUCAUGAUAUUAGAAUUAACAAGUGGUAUUUUUGUUUUGGGUGUUUUAAUUUAUUGUUGGUCAAUUUCAACAUAUAAUUUUUGGCAUGAACGUGGUGUACCAGGUCCCAAACCUGUACCACUUCUUGGUAAUAUAAGUGAUCUAAUAACUGGAAAAAAAUCAGUUGGCCAAUUGGUCCAAGAUUAUUAUAAUGAUUAUAAAAAUGAAAAAAUGGUUGGUUUAUUUUUUCGUCGUGAACCAAUACUGUUGUUGAGAGAUUUGGAUCUUAUUAAAGAUAUUUUUAUCAGUGAUUUUUCAAAAUUUUCUGAUAGACCAAUGAGAGUAUUUGAAAAAGCUGAGCCUUUAUCACAAACAUUGCUACAUCUUGAGUAUGCAAGAUGGAGACCAUUGAGAAAUAAAUUAUCACCAGUAUUUACAUCUGGAAAAUUAAAAGAUAUGUUUAAUUUAAUACUUAAUUGUGGUGAUAAUUUACAAACUGUUAUGGAUAAAAUUAUUGAUAAAAAUAAUAUUAUUGAAGCACGUGAUUUAACAGCUAGAUUUACAAUUGAUGUUAUUGGUGUUUGUGCAUUUGGUCUAGAAAUUAAUGCAAUGAAUGAUGAUGAUAAUAAAUUUCGUAAAAUGGGUAAACGAGUAUUUCAUAUGAGUUUUAAAAAAAUAUUAUUAUUUCAAUUGAGAGAAUUAUUUCCUUCAAUUUAUGAAUUUUUGGGUUCAAUUGUUGAUGAUACUGAAGUUACAAAUUUUUUUAUCAAUACAAUGAGAGAUACAAUGAAUUAUAGACGUAAAAAUAAUUUAACACGUAAUGAUUUUCUUCAGUAUCUCAUGGAAAUUGAAGAUAAUCCAGAUAAAUUACCAGAAAUUAAAUUAACUGAUAGUUUUUUAGCAUCACAAUUGUUUAUAUUUUUUUUGGCUGGAUUUGAGACAUCAUCUUCAACAAUAAGCCAUGCUCUUUAUGAAUUAGCACAGUAUGAAAAUUAUCAAGAUCAAUUGAGACAAGAAAUUAAAGAAACAAAAGAAGCAAAUGGUGGAAAAUGGACUUAUGAUUCUGUUAAAAAUAUGGUGUUUAUGGAAAAAGUUUUUAGAGAAACUCUACGUAAAUUUUCUCCAAUUCCAAUGUUGAUUCGUGGAUCCAAUACUGAGUAUACAUUGUCUGGAACAAAUGUAACAAUUCCAAAAAAUUCAAAAAUUGCAUUUCCAGUUUAUGGAAUACAUUAUGAUCCAAAAAUUUAUCCAAAUCCAGAAGUUUUUAAUCCAGAAAAUUUUAGUCCAGAAGCUAUUCAGUCUCGACAUCCAAUGAGUUUUCUCAGCUUUGGAGAAGGACCAAGAAACUGUGUUGGAAUGAGAUUCGCUUAUCAACAAUCAAAAGUUGGGCUGAUUAAAAUUCUAGAACGUUAUCGUGUUGAUGUUUGUGAUAAAACAGAUAUACCAUAUAAAUUUAGUACACGAGGUUUUUCUUUGGAGCCAUUGAAUGGAAUUUACUUAAAGUUUACUAAACUUGAUAAUUCGUCUUCAAAAUGAUUAACUGUGAUUAACAACUUGAUGAUGACAAUUUUAAGAAUUUUUUUUUUUUUUAAUAGUUUGUAAUAACUAUGUAUAAUCAUUUUUAAAUAAAUUAAAUAAAUUUUUUUCUUUUUAAAAAUACAGCAGUAAUAAAGAAAUUCAAGUUAAUAAUAUUUACCUAUUUUACGAAAUAAAAUAGAAAUAAAUAUAAUACUUAACGACAGUUUAAAUGUAUUUACUAUUUAGAGGUUAAGUUAACUUUUCAAUUGUAAACAAUAACAGUGCCGUACAUUAAAUUGCAAUUUGCAGUACUCCAAUAUGAACAGUAUAUAAAUAUUUUAUUUUUUUUUUAAAUCAAGUAAAUAAAAUUAAAAUAAUCAGGUUACAGCUUGUUGAAAUGCAGCUAACACAUUCACUUGACACUCACAAGUGACACAGUCAAGUGUCAACAACACAUCAGCCAUUGCAAUUUAAUUUAGCAAAAAAAAAAAAAAAUAGGGAAAUAAUAAUAAACAUUAUUUUGUUUUUUUACUCCCUUAAUAUAAUAAAAAAAAAAUUUAUAUUAAUUGUACAACAGUGUUUAAUUAUUUUUGUCAAUUAAAUAUCAUCGAAAAUCGAAAUGGAUUACAUUGAUGAUUCACCGGUUGUUGUCAACAUGGACAAUCAUCAAAGCAACAUAAAUAAAAUAAUUUUAAAUGA